GAAAAAAAGAGCUCCGCCCCCAGUUUCAGCACCUGGCGCUCUAUAGACAGUUGCCUCAGCAGUCGAUUUCAGAGGGGAUUGGAGGAAAACAAGAGGGGGAGAGAAUGUGACAACUGCCGGCUCUGACUGCUUGCCUUGGGGAGGCCUCCCGCACCUGUCCCUGCCUGUCUCUUGGCCAGCGCAGUUGUUGAAUCAGACAAGCAAGAGAAACAGUCUUCUUUGCCAGACCAGAAAACGGUGUGCCUAGGCGAGGGGAGGGGGGGAGCCCAGCUAGGGAGUGAGUGAGUGAACAGAGAGAGAGAGAGAGAAAGCAAGAGAGAAGAGAGAGGAGAAGAUGACUUCUUCAUUCAAGCUGGAUUUUCUGCCGGAGAUGAUGGUAGAUAGCCGCUUGCUAGUUUCCGACAGAAUUAACGGCACAGCUAACAAGAUGAAUGGAGCUUUGGAUCACUCAGACCAACCAGACCCAGAUGCCAUUAAGAUGUUUGUUGGACAAAUCCCCCGUUCGUGGUCAGAAAAGGAGCUAAAAGAACUUUUUGAGCCUUAUGGAGCUGUCUACCAGAUCAACGUUCUCCGAGAUCGGAGUCAGAACCCUCCCCAAAGCAAAGGUUGUUGUUUCGUAACAUUUUAUACAAGAAAAGCUGCACUUGAGGCACAGAAUGCACUGCACAAUAUUAAAACUUUACCUGGGAUGCAUCAUCCCAUUCAGAUGAAACCUGCAGAUAGCGAAAAAUCUAACGCCGUGGAAGACAGAAAAUUGUUCAUAGGCAUGGUUUCGAAGAAGUGUAAUGAGAACGAUAUCAGGGUGAUGUUUUCUCCGUUUGGCCAGAUAGAAGAAUGCCGAAUCCUCCGGGGACCAGAUGGGCUGAGCAGAGUGCCCAGCCUCAAUAUGGAAUCUAGCAGAGGCUGUGCGUUUGUCACGUUUUCGACAAGGGCAAUGGCACAGAAUGCAAUCAAAGCCAUGCACCAGUCUCAGACCAUGGAGGGUUGUUCUUCACCAAUAGUCGUGAAGUUUGCUGAUACCCAAAAGGACAAGGAGCAGAGACGUUUACAACAGCAGUUGGCACAACAAAUGCAACAGCUCAACACUGCCACCUGGGGGAAUCUUACAGGUCUUGGAGGACUUACGCCACAGUACCUGGCUAGAUUAGACAUUAAUAUGGAUUUACAGCAUCGACUCUGGGGACCUUCAUUCCAACACCAGGCAGAAGCAAGAGACUGUAUAAAUCUUCUGCAGCAAGCGACCUCCUCCAGCAACUUGGGUGCCUUCAGCGGCAUUCAACAAAUGGCUGUUCCCCUUUGUGUUUCCUCUGCAGGAAUGAAUGCUUUACAGUUACAGAAUCUGGCAACCCUAGCAGCUGCUGCUGCCGCCGCCCAGACCUCAGCUACUACCACCAAUGCCAACCCUCUCACCACAACAACCGGUGCCCUCGGUGCACUCACGAGUCCAGUGGCUGCAUCGACGGCAAAUUCCACAGCUGGGGCAGCCAUGAAUUCUUUGACUUCUCUGGGGACUCUCCAAGGACUGGCAGGAGCCACUGUUGGAUUGAAUAAUAUUAAUGCACUAGCAGGUACCGUAAACAUUGCAUGUGGAACUCAAAAUCUGGGCCACUGUAGGCCGAGGACGACAAUAUACCUCCCAGAACAACAGAGGCUGGGGAAUGUUGCUCAAAUGCUCUCAGGUAUGGCCGCCCUGAACGGAGGACUUGGUGCGACAGGCUUGACGAAUGGUACAGCUGGCACAAUGGAUGCCCUCACCCAAGCCUACUCAGGAAUCCAGCAGUACGCCGCUGCGGCACUGCCGACGCUGUACAGUCAAAGUUUGUUACAACAACAAAGUGCUGCAGGCAGCCAGAAAGAAGGUCCAGAAGGAGCAAACCUUUUCAUUUAUCACCUCCCGCAGGAGUUUGGAGACCAGGACAUUCUGCAGAUGUUCAUGCCUUUUGGGAAUGUUAUUUCUGCAAAGGUCUUCAUUGACAAACAGACCAAUCUGAGCAAAUGUUUUGGUUUUGUUAGCUACGACAAUCCUGUCUCUGCACAAGCUGCUAUACAGGCGAUGAAUGGCUUUCAGAUUGGCAUGAAACGCUUGAAAGUUCAACUGAAGCGCUCCAAAAAUGACAGCAAACCUUACUGAUCCUUACCCCCAGAAGCUUACUGCUAUUAAUUUAGAUUUCUUAGGGUAAGUCCCUUGAGCGAACCCACCCUCCCUUUGUCGUGGUGGGGGGCCUUGAGAAAAAGACCGUAACAACAACACAUUGCCGACCACCGCCAAAAGACCGCUGUUUUGACAAGACUGCUUCCAUUUUCCCCAACAGCCAAUAAAAGAAACUUGGCUACCCCAACCGAAUAGGUACCAAAUUACGUACUUUCGAUAUUCGUCUUCAUUUUUUUUCUAAAAAGAUUAAUUGUCCUUCAAGAGAAAACCUGCACACGCCCCUGAAAUAGUACUAACUGAAAUUGUCAAGGAAACAAAAUGGGGAUAAUGAAAGCAGUUGUACGUCUGGACCUAGACUUAUCCAAAUGGCACCAGCAAUUUAUAGGAUAUAAUACAGUGGCCGUGGGCCAGGAAAGGAAUUCAUUAAGGAAUGACACCAAUCCUUUUUCAUUCAGUUCGUUUCUUAUUAAGGGGCUUGAAUAAUUUUUUUGUUCUUAGGGCUUCAGAUUGACGUUAUGUUAUAUUAUCCUGUUAAACACUGGUCAUCUUGAUAUAUUUCACGUGUUGGUUUUGUUUUUUAUUUCCAAUUUAUUUUUUAUGUUCUUAGGAGGUUUCUUUUUUUAAUUUUCAGAGCUAGUGUAAAAACAAAAAAAAGACAGAUCUGUUUCUAAAGCUACAGGGUUUAAAAUAAAUCAAAAGAGCGACAAUACUUGAUGUUUCUUGAGAGAUAUACAUUUAAUAAUAAUAAUAAUGAUAAUAAUAACGAUAAUAAUAAUAAUAGAUAACAAAAGAAAGCCACAGGCCUGUAAAUUUUAUUUGUAAAAAGCAUUUCUAUUUUUAUACAAAAAUUUUUACUGCCUCAGAAAUAAUGGAAGUUAUUUAUUGCCUAUUGUUAACUUAUUGGAUAACUAAAGAGCAACUCUUUCCGCUAGCUAGAUCCUUUUGAAGUAGUCUCGAGAGUAUAUGUGCCAAGAAUGGGUGCUUUUUCACGGUUGAAUCCUACAUCUUUUAUGGUUCAUACUUUUAUAUCCUCCUGUUUGUAGUUUUGUCUGGUUGACUUUGUUUGUAAUUUCCAUUAUCUAGUUUAAAGUUGAGUCGUCUUGGACUAUCCUUUCUCUUUCCCGCUACCCUUCCCAACUCUCCCCUACACCGCAACGUUUUCCUUUUGUUCCAUUUGUUGAAACCUUUCCCCUCUGUCCCUGAUUUUUCCUCCCCAAACGAAACAGAAAUCCAUCUUCUCUAACUCCUUCUGGAUGGAUUCCUUUUUUGGGGUCCCCUCAUUGUGCCGUUGUUGUCGACCAAGUGUACAGUUAAUGCAAAUUGCGCAAAUGGCUGAGAGUCUAAUGAUGAAAGAUUUGCAUUAGUUUUUCUCCUGCACCCAUUAAAGAAGUGAUUUUUGUUUUCUGCUGCAUAGAUUCUCCGUAACUUUUUUUCCUCUUCCUUGUUUUUCCCUAGACAUCUUCAUGCCCGUUAGCUCAUCGUUUGCCUAGCAUGUCCCUGUGGCGUCUUAAAAAAAAAAAGUUUCAUCGUCCCGUCAUUGUUUCUGAUGUCUUUCUGACCUCACAUCAUAAUUUGGUUCUCCUACUGACCUUUGAUCUUAUAGUUUGAACCUUUUGAAAUUUUGCAUGUGACCUCAUCUAGCUAUACGAAUUCUGGGAAGUCAAUGUGAAAAGCAUUGCUGCAUUUAUGCAAGGUUGAAAUUUAUUAGUAGUCAAAUUAAGGAUAGGAUUAUUAAACACACACACACACACACACACACACAACCUGUGGCAAAAUGUUUUGUUAGGGCUUUUAUUUGUUCCUUUUCCUUGUUUUAUUAUUUCGUUUCCUUUUUCGUUUUUUUGUGUUUUGAAAAAAAUAUAUAUAAAACAGACUUGAAAGUAUUAUACAGAGAUUGGCAUUCUGGCUGGUCACUGAUGACAAUAGCAAUAUGUGUCCAGAGGCACAGAAUGUUGGUUUCUACCAGACUACUUCCAAAACAGUUUGAAAUGAAGAACUGUCUGAUUUUAAGUCUCUAGAGGUCUGUAAUAGUUUUUACAUUUUUCAGGCAGUGUAAAGUUUUUUGAUAAGGCCAUUUUAGGUGGCUCACUUUCUCAUUAAGAAUAUAUAUAUAGAACCACUUUUUUGUAGAUUAGUAUAACGAGAAAAAAAAUAAAACGAAAUAAAAUAAAUUUACCCUGUUUUAGGGCAAAUGCUACCUAUUUGUGUCACCUUUUGCUGAACUGACUCACAAGUUAGACAAUCCAUGAAUUAAUGCACAUGAAAAUUACCUAUAUUUUAUACUGUUUCAAUGUACAGGAGAAAGGUUACUGUAAGCUGUCGUUCCAUUGGUGCUUCUGUGAAUUCAGUUGUGGUUUCAUCCUGGGUCCUUUGGUCUUUAAGUGUUCUGUGUUUAUUAAACAAAAAGAGGUUUGAAAUUGGUUUUUACUUGAACAUCGACAACAGAACAAACGGGGAAAAAAACGAAUUUCAAAAAACGAAAAAAAGACGUUUGCUUAAAAUUUAAAAAAAAAUAAUAAGAAGGGUUUCAUGUGAAAAAUAAAAACUAUUCCAGACUAAGUUCGUGUUGGCUUCCGUGACGCAUUGGUGUCGAUUUUUCUUUUCCAAUCCUUAUUGUGGACAAUUUAGAAGUGUUUGUGUUCAGCAAAAUGUGAUCAGUUUUCCUUUUCUUUUAAAGACAUCAUAAUAAUAAUAAUAAUAAUUAAAAAGAAAUCAAUGGGAAAAAAAUCUUAGUGCCAAACUCCAAAGGUACUUUUUUUCUUCUUCCUAGAGCUUCAGUGUGUUUCUUGUGUGAAGUAAUUUGAUAACAUGGGUAUUUUACUAUGUGUUUUGUAUAAAUCCCUAAUAUUUAAAGGAAAAGAGGUUAAAACAGUUUGUUAACUUGCUAUCCUGUGGUCUUGUUGCCUGAAAUUGUUGUUGUUUGUUAUUUCUCUUGGAUGUUUUUUGUAAAACAUUGUACAAGUGCCCAUGUUUCACUUUUCUAACCACUCUGCACAUCCGCGCUGUGAAAGCAAACCUCACAAUGUAAUUUCUUCAUAAUGUAUGGAAACCUCUAAGGUGAGAAAGUUUUGAACUUUUAACCCUUUCCACCCAGAGCUGUCUUGAGUGUUAAUACUUUUAUACAUUCACCAUUUUGCUGUUUAUUUUUAUAUAUACAUAUAUAUAUAUCUAUAGCUAUAAAUAUAUAUAUACUUAAUUUUUGUGGUUUAUUUAAUACAUGGUUGAAAUCAGAAAAAUGCACAGGGCCGACCUGAAGGACAAAAAAAAAUAUUUUACUGCUGUCUAAAUUUCUUCUGUAUCUAUAACUUAAAAAAAUAUUUAAAAUAGUAAUUGUAGAUCUCCUUUUUAGGUCUUUGGUUUUUUGGGUUUUUUUGUUGGUCUUUUCUUAAAAAGAGCUUUUAAUAUGCUGCUGGGAAAAUGCUAUUCAGUAUUAAUAAAAUAAAAUAAUAAUUCUUUAAUUAUGUAUUGUACGACCACUCCUAGGUAGGAGAGGUAAACCCACGAUUUGAAAUCCAUUAAGGAAAAAAAAUAUUUUUGUAACAAAAUAAAAUGAACUUUUGCUUAAAAUCCAAUGCACUAGAACUUCCUGGAUGAAACUUUAUUGUGCACUGCAGUUAAAACUAUGUUUUAUGGAUGAGGUUUACACAUGUCGUAAUGCUUUGAUGUGUUAUCUGCCGUUACCUGUAAUAUAUUGAUCCAGCGCUAAUAGAUAUUAAAAAGUAGGUGUGGCAAUAUCUUUUGUUAACCUGAUUUCUGUUGAUAAGGGAACAUGCAGACUUUUGAAUUGCAGCAAA